CAUUUUGCAAACACAAAUUAUUCGGUCGUCGGUGUCAGCUGCACAGUUUUGCGGAUUCCUAAGUAAAGUGUAGAAUUCUCAUAAUAUCCCAACACAAUAAGCAAAUUUUUGCAAAUCCAAGUGUUAUAUUUGUUUAGCAAGUGCAAAAGUUUAAAUAGUGAAAAUUGCGAUUCCAGUUGAUCGCAGAUGUAGUUAUAUAUACCAAAGCAUAUAUAAAGUGAAAAGUGUAUCGAAAAGAACACGAAUAUUCUAAGAGCGAAUAAGAAAUUUCCCAUGCUUUCUAAAUACACAAUAUCUCCAUUUGCAUUAUAAUCGGAUCUAACAUAUAAGUAUAUUAAUUGUUUUCAAGUGUUUCAUUUAGUGCUGUUUUCUGCAAAGUUUCACGAGAAAAAUUUUCGCCUGCUCCAGCUGAUUUUUGGUUUAAUUGUGAAGUGUGCUGUGGCAGGAAGCAUUAAAGCUAAUUUCAACAAUCUUCACACGCCUGCUCGACGUCAGAACGCAUACCCACACAAGAACUUCGCGAAUUCCGCAUAAAUUUUAAACCCCCACACACACACACUCACCAGAGACACGUCGAAAAUGUCGGCGUCCCGCGCCAACACCCCACCUUCCGAAUCGGACAAGGCGACGUCACACAACCACAGCAAUAGUGGUGAAACGAAUCACAACAACAACUUGAAAUUGAAAUCAACACAGAAUGGCGACGGCAGCAGCAGCAACGAUAAACUCUCGCCGGAUCAAGAUAUAUACAUAAAUCAAGCCGAUGGCUUACCCAGCCAACAUCCCACAUUACCCGAUGGCGAUGUAGACAGCGACAGCGAAAAGGAAGCUGUCGAUCCGGAUUCUUUCGACGAUUUGCCCACAUCCAUAAUUGUGACCAAUAUACACUCGGAGGUGUUUACCAAUCCAGAACUGAAACAACAAAUGGAGGAACUCUUUCGUACCUUUUGCGAUUCGGCGACCUUCCAGUGGUUACGUAGCUUCCGACGUUUGCGCGUCAACUAUGACAAUGCCAUAGCAGCGGCCAAUGCACGCAUCAAAUUGCAUCAGUAUGAAUUUAAUAAGAAGACGACGAUAACUUGUUACUUUGCACAGCCCGUAACGCCAGUCUCGAAUAAAAAUCUACAACCACCAGCGCCGGUAAAGCAAUUCCUAAUCUCGCCACCAGCUUCACCGCCAGCCGGUUGGGAGCCACGCGAAGAGAACGAGCCGCUGGUCAAUCACGAUCUCCUGGCGGCCUUAGCCAGUCUAACGCCCGGCGAGUCACACGAGCUGCAUCCCCAGACCGAAGAUCAGCCGGGCAUUAUUGUGCACACGGCCAUGUUGCCAGAGGGUGCGGUAAGCGCACCAACACUAGCUGUCGGCGCCAAACCGACCAUAGUGCAAACCAAGUGUCCGGAGCGUGCGUAAAGCGUGACAACGGAAUGUUCCUGCGUUGGAUGUGCUGCUGGACGGGCUGGACGAAUUAGUUUUAAGUACAUAGGCAGGUGCUGAGCACCGAAUUGAAAGUGAAACGAAGUUAAUGCGUAACUAGUUAAUGCAAAUACAAAUUUAGUACAGCAAUGAACUAAAAAAAAAUAUACAUAUACAUACAUAUAUAAAUAUUGUUGUAAUUAGGUUUUUUUGUAAAUGAAUUGUUCUGUGAAAAUAUAACUGGAUUCCUAUCACUUCGAAAUUCUAGGCUCGCUCGGCGCAUGUUGAGCUGUAAACUGAAGUUUUUACAUGUACAUACACACAUAUGGUACAUAGUACAUAUACAUAUAUGCACCUCUCAAACCACUGCUUCUAACAGCAACAAAUAAAGCAAAAAGGGAGAAUUUUAAAGAGUUUUUCGGAAACUUUAA